AUGAAGGCUGCCCUCCCCGAUUUCCGCAUCCUCCUCACGUCAUCCUCCACCCCCGCGUACUGCGGCCCUGGUCUGCGUCAAUUAAAGUCACUGGCUGCCCUGGGCUCACUGACGUCACCGCGCCGCCCCCGCUCCCUCCUAGCUCUGUGCUGCGGCUUGUGUCCCUACGCAGCUGUCUGGCAGACUGGGAGCGGCUGGCCCCCUCCAUCGGGCACGGCCGAGUCAGGCCCCAUUCCCUUUCCCAAACUGUCCCUCCUCCCUCACCAGUUACUCCCCGCAUGCCUGGAAUCUCUGUACCAGAGACUGGUUCUGAGCAGGGCUUGUCGGGUGUUUCAGGAAACGCUGACUCUGGAGGAUGUGACUGUGGACUUCACCAGGGAGGAGUGGGGACACCUGUGUCCUGCCGAGAGGGACCUGUACAAGGACGUGAAGAUGGAUGCCUAUAGGACUCUGGUCUCCCUGGAGAUCGAAUCGUCCAACUCAGAUCACAGCUUCCAGCUGGAAGCAAGAGAAGCUCCCAGAAUACUGCGGAACAGAGAUUCCAGAGAUAAAAAAUCAGGCCCAGAGCUUGAACUUCUCCAACUGUCCACCUUCGGGGGGACCAUUACUGUGGAAACAAGAGACUCACCCUACAUGUGGGAGAACAGAGAUUCCAGUGACAGUGACUCUGGCCCUGAGUUUCAGGUGUCUGCACCAGGGCUGAUGUUCCAAUGGGAAAAUACAAAAUCAACAUGGAUGUGGAAAACAAACUAUUCCAGUGAUACUGAAUCUGGUCCAGAACUUCAAGUGUCUACAGAAGAUGUGAACUUACCAUCCGAAAGAGAAGACUCACCUUGGAUAUGGAAGAACGAAGAUUCCAGCGAAGAUUCCAGGGAUAGUCAGUCAGCUCCAGAGCUUGAAGUGGCCGCACCAAAUGAGACCUUCCAAUUGGAAAUACAAAGAGGAAACUCACCAUGGGUAUCGGAAAGCAGAGAUUCCAAUGAUAAUCAGUCAGCUCCAACUUUUCAAGUGUCUACUCCAGAAGUGACCUUUGAGUUCGAAAGUGUAGACGCACCAUGGGUGUUGGAGAAGAAAGAUUCCAAUGAUCAUCAGGCAUAUCCAGAGUUUCAAGAUUACGCACCAGAAGUAACCUUUGAGUUCGAUAGAGGAGACUCCCCAUGGAUGUUUGAGAGACUCGAUUCCACUGACAGUGACUCAUCUGUAGAGAUUAUAGAGUCCACCCCAGCUGUGGCUUACCCAUUGCAAAAUAAUGGAAACGCGACAUGGGUGGCGGAUAAACAAGAUUCCAGUGACAGUGACUCAGAGAUUCUAGAGCCCACACCAAAUAGGGCUUUCCCAGUGAACACUGGAGGAGCACCGUGGAUAGCGGGUCAACAAGAUUCCACUGAUAGCGAAUCAAGUUCAGACAGUCUAAUGUCCACACCAGAUAGGACUUUCCCAGUGAACACUGGAGGAGCACCAUGGACACCGGAUAAACAAGAUUCCAGUGAUAGUGACUCAAGUUCAGGACUUGAAGCGCCCAAACUAAAUGUGACCGUCACCUUGGAUGGAGAAGAAUCGCCAUGGAUGUCAGAGAGCAAGGAGUCCAGCGACAGUGACUCGGGUCCAGAGUUUCAAGUGGCCGCACCAGAGCUGAUGCUCCAGUGGGAAGAUACAAAUUCAACAUGGAUGUGGAACGCAAACUAUUCCAGUGACACUGAAUCUGGUCCAGAGCUUCAGGUGUCCACAGCAGAUAUGCCCUUGCAGUUGGAAAGAGACCCGCCAUGGAUAUGGGAGAGAAAAACUGCUUCUAAUAGGAUUUCAUCUUCAGACACUCAAGUUCCCACACCAGAUGCGACUUUCCCGUUGGAAAAUGCAGAAUCACCCUGGAUGUCGGAUAGAAAUGAUUCCAGUGAUAGUGACUUAGGUCCAGCACUUCCAACAAACAGACGAGAUGUGACCUUCCUGUCAGACAAUAGAGACGCCCCAUGGCUCUUGGAGACCAAAGAGUGGAGUGAUAGUGAUUCGGAUCCAGGACUUCCAACAAACAGACGAGAUGUGUCCUUCGAGACGAACAGAGACGCUUCAUGGCUCUUGGAGCCCAAAGAGUGGAGUGAUAGCGAUUCAGAUCCAGGACUUCCAACAAACAGACGAGAUAUGACCUUCGAAGUGGAAAACAGAGACUCAGCAUCGCCUUUGGAGAGCAAACAGGGCAGUGAUAGUGAUUCAGGCCCAGAGCCUCAAGUCUACAGCCCAGAGCUGACCUCCGUGUUUGAAAGCGGAUACUCACAAUGGAUGCUGGAGAGAAAAGACGUUAGUGCUGACCAGUCAGCUCCAGAGCCUCAAGUGUUGACUCCAGAAGGGACCAUCCAGUUGGACAGCUCAGCUUCUCCCUGGAUGUCGGAUAGAAAUGACUCCAGUGAUAGUGAUUCAGGACUUGAAAUUUCCAAACCGAAUGCGACCUUUCCAUUGGAAAGAAAAGAAUUACCUUGGAUGAUGGAGAACAAAGAUUCCAGUGAUAGUGACUCAGCUCCAGGACUGGGAACCUCCAAACCAGAUCGGACCUUCCCUUUGCAAAAACAAAGGACCCCAUGGAUGUUUGAGAAUAAACAUUUCAGUGACAGCGCCUCAUCUCCAGACGCGGGGUAUGACGCUUCCAAACCAGAUCAGACCUUCCCUUUGGAACAAAGACAAUCACCAUUUAUGUGGGAGAACAAAAAUCCCAGCGACGCUGAAUCAGAACCUGACAUUGAAGUAAUUACAACAGAUGAGCCCAUAGAGCUCGAAAGACAAGACACACCAUGGAUGAUGGACGGAAGAGAUUCCAAUGAUGACAUGUCAGCUCCGGACAUUGAAGUAAUUACAACAGAUGAGCCCAUAGAGCUCGAAAGACAAGACACACCAUGGAUGAUGGAUGGAAGGGAUUCCAAUGAUGACAUGUCAGCUCCGGACAUUGAAGUAAUUACAACAGAUGAGCCCAUAGAGCUCGAAAGACAAGACACACCAUGGAUGAUGGAUGGAAGGGAUUCCAAUGAUGACAUGUCAGCUCCGGACCUUCAAGUAGCUACCGCAGAUGAGCCCCUAGAGCUCGAAAGACAAGACACACCAUGGAUGAUGGAUGGAAGGGAUUCCAAUGAUGACAUGUCAGCUCCGGACCUUCAAGUAGCUACCGCAGAUGAGCCCCUAGAGCUCGAAAGACAAGACACACCAUGGAUGAUGGACGGAAGGGAUUCCAAUGAUGACAUGUCAGCUCCGGACCUUCAAGUAGCUACCACAGAUGAGCCCAUAGAGCUCGAAAGACAAGACACACCAUGGAUGAUGGACGGAAGGGAUUCCAAUGAUGACAUGUCAGCUCCGGACCUUCAAGUAGCUACCGCAGAUGAGCCCCUAGAGCUCGAAAGACAAGACACACCAUGGAUGAUGGACGGAAGAGAUUCCAGUGAUAACAUGUCAGCUCCGGAGCUUCAGAUGGCCGCUCCUGAUGAGAACUUGCCCAUGGAAAGAAAGGACUCGUCAUGCAUGUGGGAGAACAAAGAAUCCAAUGAGAUUGGCUCAGGCCCUGAGCUUCCAGGGUCCACACGAGAUGCGUCCUUCCAGGUGGGAAGAUCAUCCCCCUGGGUGUCAGAGAGCAAGGAUUCCAGCGACAGUGAGUCAGGUCCUGAAUUUCAAGUGUCCACACCAGACUUGAACUCCCAAUGGGAAAAAGCAAAAUCAGCAUGGACAUGGAGGACAAACUAUUCCAGUGAUACCGAAUCAGGUCCAGAGCUUCAGGUGUCCACAGUAGAUGUGCCCUUGCAGUUGGAAAACAGAGCUUUGCAAUGGGUACUGGACAGAAAGACCUCCAAUUAUGAGGAAUCAGCUUUAGGGCUUGAUGUAUCUAAACCAGACAUGACCUUUGACUUGGAAAGAGAAUCACCCUGGAUGUCGGGGAGAAAAGAUUCCAAUGACAACGACUCAGAUGCAGAGAUUCAAGUGUGCACACCAGAGGAGACCUUCCAAGAGGAAAGAGAAGACUCCACCUGGAUGGAGAGUGAUACCAAUUACAAUCAGUCAGGUCCAGAAUUUCAAGUGUCCACACCAGAUUUGACCUUCCAAGUGGAUGGUGAAGUAACACCAUGGAUGUCCGACAGGAAUGAUCCCAAUGAUCAUCACUCAACUCCAAUAGAUCUUCCAGUGACCGCAGAAGAUGUGCCCUUCCAGGAGGAGAGAGCAACGGAGUCAUCAUGGAUGCUGCAGAGAAAUGACUCCGUUGAUCAGGAGGCAGAUCCAGGAUUCCUUAGUCAGAUGGCCAGGACCUCCCACCAAAGUCAUGAGAGAAUUCAUACAGAAGAGAAGCUCUUUGAAUGUAAUGAAUGUGGGGAAGCCUUUAGGUGGAAGAGCUAUCUUACUGUCCAUAUGAGAAUUCAUACUGGAGAGCAACCCUUCGAAUGCAAUCAGUGUGAGGAGACCUUCAAUCAAAGUUCUAACCUAGAUGUACAUCAGACAACUCAUACCGGAGAGAAACCCUUUGAAUGUCACGAGUGUGGGGAAUUCUUUAGUGAUAAUGAGCAGCUUAUUGAACACCAGAAAAUCCAUGCCGGAGAGAAACCCCCAGAACCUAAAGAGAGCGAGCAAACCAUCAGUCAAAUUUCUGAACCAAUUGAACAUGAGGAAAGUCAUGCUGCUGGAGAGAAACCCUCUGAAAGUCAAGAAAGUGAAAAAGACCCGAGUCCGAAAGUACAGCGUAAAACAAAAAGAAGCACUCGUCGUAAGAGAUCCUAUGAAUGUGGCCAGUGUGGAAGAGCAUUUAGCCGAAGUUCUAACCUUACUUCACACAUGAAAGUUCAUAAUGGAGUGAGAACCUUUGAAUGCCAUGAAUGCCGACGAUCCUUCCUCAGUACCGCGCUACUUGCUGAACACAAGAAAACUCAUGCUGGACUGAAACCUUUUGAAUGCAAACAGUGCGGAAGAACAUUCAGCAGAAGUUCUCAUCUUACUGUCCAUCAGAGAGUUCAUACUGGGGAGAAACCCUUUAAAUGUAAUCAUUGUGAGAAGUCUUUCAGCCAGAAAGGGCAACUGAGUACACAUAAUAAAAUUCACACCGGAGAAAAACCAUUUGAAUGUAAUCAGUGUGGGAAAACUUUUAGCCGAAGUUCUAACCUUAGUGUCCAUCAGAGAACCCAUUCAGGACAGAAGCCCUUUGAGUGUGUUCAGUGUCACAAGUUCUUUAGCCACAACAGGUCCCUUACCGAGCACCAGAAAAUUCACACCGGAGAGAAGCCCUUUGAAUGUGAUGAAUGCGGGAAAACCUUUUGUCGCAACGGACAGCUUACUCUGCAUAAGAAAGUCCAUUCUGGAGAAAAACCCUAUGUGUGUCUUGAAUGUGGAAAAUCCUUCACCCACAGCUGGAUUCUUAAUGGACAUAAGAAUACACAUGCUAGAGAUAAGCCCUAUAAAUGUCUUGAAUGUGGGAAGACCUUUAGCUGGAAUGGAUCCCUUACUAAACAUAAGAAAGUGCACAUCAUGGAGAAACUCUUCGAAUGCAAAGACUGCGGAAAAUCCUUCAGUCGCAGUUCCCAGCUUGACACACAUAAGGUAACUCACGCUGGAGAUAAACCCUUUGAAUGCGAAGACUGCGGAAAAGCCUUUAGCUGCUGUUUUUACCUGACUCUACAUCAGAAAAUUCAUAGCGGAAACAGGCCCUUUGUGUGUAAUGAGUGUGGGAAGUCCUUCAGCUGUAACCAGUCCCUUUCUCUCCAUAACCGAGUUCACACUGGAGAGAAGCCUUUCAAGUGCAAUGAAUGUGGAGAGGCUUUUACCUGGAAAGGACAGUAUACUGAACAUGAGAGGAUGCAUCUCGAAGCGAUGAAACCUUUUGAAUGCAAUCUGUGUGGAAAAGCCUUCAGGCAACGAUCCCACCUUGCUGCACAUCAGCUAAUUCACACUGGAGAGAGAGCCUAUGAAUGUCGAAAAUGCGGGAAAACUUUCCGGAGGAGUUCUCAACUUACUCAACACCAGAAAACCCACAUUGGAUAGAAAGAAAACUUGUCAACAAUACACCUAAAGACAAAUUUUUACCGAACAUAGACAGCUUUCUGAACAUGAGACUGUAAAAAAGAAAUCUUUAAAUGUAUAUAUAUGUAAUGGAAAAAACCUCCAAUUUAAUUCUUCAUGAGGUACUCAAAACUACUGAAUCCUUUUAAAUAUACUUACUGUGACAGAUUCUUAUCUUAGAGUGAAUAUCAGUGAGCCUAAGAGAGCUCACACCGAACAGGACAAUAUCAUAAAAGUGACAUUUCCUUUCCCGGAUUAGACGUCUUACUGUAUAUAAAGACACUUAAUUGAUACUUAGACAGAGAAAUUCUUUGAAGGCAAUGAGUGAGAGAAAGUCUUAAGUUAUAGUUCUUGUGAGAGAUUCUUUCGAAUAAUGCAUUAUUAUACAAUCUUUUAUCUGCCUUAAACAACUUACUCUAACAAUUCAUGCUGGAUCAAAGAAACUUUAAUUUUCACAAAUGUGUAAAUCUUUUACCCAGUCAUAGCACUUUGAACUUUGAAAGUAUUCAGUUGCUAUCUAGUCACCCCAGAGGUGCUAGUCCCCCUGAACACUCUCCUACCCCUGGAAAACAUCCACAAUCUGUACAGUACCCCAAUUUCACGACACCACGCUUGCCCAAGCUCCGGGCAGCAGAUGACGCUCUCACACUCUCCCAGUCACCAAUGGAGUGAAACAAGGCUGGGUGCUCGCCACCGUGCUUCUCAGCAUGGGGUUUUCAGCCAUGUUGUCAAAUGCCUUCAAGGAGGACAAACAUGGAAUCAAAGUCAGCUUCCGCACUGACUGCAAAUUCUUCAGUUUGAAAAGGCUGCGAGCCAAAACGAAAGUACAGAUCAAUGCUUUGCUGCUUGGGCUAACGCCGGCCUGACAAUGGACCCCCAACAACACACGGGCCUCCCCCGCCGACCGGCAUUGAAACCAGCAGUGCCGGCUGGCGGGGAGCCGUGGAUGCUGGGUGAUCCCUUUCCCUUGGCCCUCUGCUCUCCAGGAACGUCCACAUUGAUAGGCGGUCAGCUCACGUGAUACCGGAGUGUUUGGGAGGCUCCGAAGGAGAGUGAAGGGAUAAGACUGACCCUCAUGCUGAAAGCCUCCGGGGUCCGUGGGCUGACCUCCCUAUCGUACACCUGGGAACCCCGGGCAGCAGAAUCCUGCCAUGUGGCUGUCUUAGAAAGACCCUGAUGAUCUGGCAGACUCAGACACUGGAUCCUGAGGGUCUGUCUAAGACAGAACUUCCCAGCAUUCCCAGUCUCCUGCAGAGAGCACAAGUCCAUUGGGCCGCCCAUUGUUCGAAUGCCAAAUGUACACUUACCAAAAAGACUCUUUUAUGGAGAACUCACGCAGGACGAACGCUCCCCAGGUGGUCAGAAAGAGUGAUCCGAGGACCCGCUCAAGGUCUCUCUGAAGAACCCGAGAGCGGAUAGACCUGGGAGUCACUGCGCAGGACUGACCAGCACAAUGAGCCCUCCUCGGAGAAGGGGCUGGGCUCCACUAGCAAAGAGGGAUUGAUUUAGCUCGGGAGGAACCGGAGAUGUGCCAGGUCAGAGAACCACCUUCAGCGUUCGUAGGGACUGUCCAUGUUCGGCCCAUGGCAGAGCGUCCCGAGCUUCUGUCAGCCCGACCAGACACCCCGUAACCCAACUCCAAUGAAGUCUCGUCAUUUUGGUCCUUUUUGAGAGCAAAGGACAAUCACCAACUCCAGUCCAGCCCUCAUAGUAGAGAGAACUUCCACUGUGACUUAGUCGCCAUGGUAAUUACAUGUUCUCUGACUUGAAGACUUCCACAGAAGAAGAAGAAUCUGCCAUCUCUUUACGUGUUUCGUUCUACUUUUAGGUAGUCUAAUUGUGAAAAAGUGCUCCCCCCCCCCUUAUGCUUAAAUUUGCCUUUGUGCUGUUUGCUUCCCUCGCCGCUCCCCUCACCUUUCCCUUUAUCCUGCAGUCCGACAGAACGGAUUCCGUCCCCUUCCCCCGGAGCAGCCCGACUGGGCUAUGAGAUCGUCGCCGGCCCCUUCCCUUCUAUUCCCCCCACCGCCGUGCGCAGACGUGUUCAGUACCCUCUCCUGACGAGGACCCCGGGGCCCUCCCACUCCCCUUCCCUUUCUUUGGAUUCUCUGGUUGGUCAGUGUCUUUAAACCAUGUUGCCAAGGACUGAGUACAGUAUACCAAAAGAGGUCUUAACGAUGUCUGAGUCCAGUGGGAUCCCUUUCUCACUGUGUAAGUUGUGUUCAUCAUACUACAGCUCAAGAUUGUAUUAGUUUUUGUUUUCAGCUGCUAUAUCAUACUGUUCCCUCUCAUAGAACGUGUGGUUCACUCAGAACCGCAGUUUUUCUUCAGAACAACUUGCUUCACUCUCAUCGAGUGGGGCCGGCUAGGAGCUUUCUGCCCGGGUGUGUGGAAACCAGUUUUGAGAAGGUACAGGAAGAAGGAACUGGAAGCCCCUGUAGCCCCUUGUUCUGACUCCCCCAGCCUCUGGCUUUUUUUGUGAAACCGCUUGGCCUCUCUGUGGCUGCCCCCCUCCCCACAAGCCUUCUUGGACUUCUGAGUAGAUUUUCUGUCGUUUCGCAAAACCGCUUAGGAGAGUUUCCUGAGGUUCCAACGCCUUCCUUGUGACUUCUUCCCCUUGAAGUGUAUUGAAACCCUAACCCCUUAUUCCCCGUGGGUAUCUCUGUACCCCUGUGCUGUUUGGUGAUUCUGUUUGCGAUUCUUCUGAUUCUAUUAAAGACUCUUGUUGUUGCA